GAGCCCGGGCAGCGAGAGCUCGAUGGACUCUAACUCCCAGAGUGCUGUUGGGGAGGGUCACGGUCUGUAGGUCUUGUCCAGUGCUUGGUCUGAGGGGUCAGAGGAGCUGGGGCUCUGCCUGGGAGCUGCUGUGAAGAUGUUGCGGUCCGGCUACCUUCUCCUCGGUUUCCUGCGCAGGACUCUUUGGGCCCCCAUCCAGACUGGUACCCGGAGUUUGACCUCCUGCAUAGACCCUUCCAUGGGACUAAAUGAGGAACAGAAAGAAUUUCAGAAAGUGGCUUUUGAUUUUGCUGCCCGGGAAAUGGCUCCAAAUAUGGCAGAGUGGGAUCUGAAGGAGCUGUUUCCUGUGGAUGUGAUGCGGAAGGCAGCACAGCUGGGCUUUGGAGGGAUCUAUGUCCGGACAGAUGUUGGUGGGUCUGGAUUGUCACGGCUGGAUACCUCUGUCAUCUUUGAAGCCUUGGCUACUGGCUGCACUAGCACGACUGCCUACAUAAGCAUCCACAACAUGUGUGCCUGGAUGAUUGAUAGCUUUGGAAAUGAGGAACAGAGACUCAAAUUUUGCCCACCACUUUGCACCAUGGAGAAGUUUGCCUCCUACUGCCUCACAGAACCAGGAAGUGGGAGUGAUGCCGCAUCCCUUUUGACCUCAGCUAAGCAACAAGGAGAUCAUUACAUCCUCAAUGGCUCCAAGGCCUUCAUCAGUGGAGGUGGUGAAUCAGACAUCUAUGUCGUCAUGUGCCGAACCGGAGAACCAGGCCCCAAAGGCAUCUCAUGUAUUGUUGUUGAGAAGGGAACCCCUGGCCUUAGCUUUGGCAAGAAGGAAAGAAAGGUGGGGUGGAACUCCCAGCCAACCCGAGCUGUGAUCUUUGAAGACUGUGCAGUCCCUGUGGCCAACAGAAUUGGGAAUGAGGGGCAGGGCUUCCUCAUUGCCAUGAAAGGACUGAACGGCGGGAGGAUCAAUGUUGCAUCCUGCUCUCUGGGGGCUGCUCAUGCUUCAGUUACCCUGGCCCGAGACCAUCUCAAGGUCCGGAAACAGUUUGGAGCUCCUCUGGCUAGUAACCAGUACCUGCAAUUCCAGUUGGCAGAUAUGGCCACAAGGUUAGUUGCCUCCCGGUUGAUGGUACGCACUGCAGCAGUGGCCUUGCAGGAGGAGCGCGAAGAUGCCGUAGCCCUGUGCUCCAUGGCCAAGCUCUUUGUUACAGAUGAAUGCUUUGCCAUCUGCAACCAGGCUUUGCAGAUGCAUGGGGGCUACGGCUACCUGAAGGAUUAUGCUGUUCAGCAGUAUAUGCGGGACUCCAGGGUUCACCAAAUCCUAGAAGGUAGCAAUGAAGUAAUGAAGAUGCUGGUCUCUCGAAGCCUGCUUCAUGAAUAGCAUACACACUGAAUAUUCUGCCCUAGCAUUCUAUGUGCAGCUACAAUCAGUGUUGAGUGCUCCCUGUAGGCUGUUCAGUUACAAAUGGAUAAUGAAGUAGAUUGAAGGGCUGAGCUCUUCCAAGGUGAGGCCGGAACUUUCUAUUGAUAGUGUUGGCUAUAAGACAGGAGCAGAGUGCUCAGUACAACUGGAAGAGCUACCCUGAUGAGGCAUGUCGCAAGAGGACCCAUCAUCUUGUUUUCUAGUACCAGAAAGACAACCAGUGGAUAUUUAGUAGCAAAGUCAUGGCUUAAAUCCACAUUAUCUUUGUUUUUUUGGUCGUCUUCUUGGGGCCUAAGGGCUUGGCAGAGGCUUUCCUAAUUGUAAAGCCAAGGUGUGGGGAGGGGAGGGCAGUGGGCAGCCUGCCUCUGUUCUGUGUUCUGUAGUAGCCAUAUCUCAGGACAGCAUACCUCUGAAUGAACAUAAAUCAUGAUGAUAUGAAUAUUUUGGACACUACUGCCCAGCUGUGAUGUAGGGAACACCUCAACUUCUCAACUUCCCAGAGAUAAAUGGCUGAGAUUAUUUGGAAUUUGGUGGUAGAUUUUUAUCUUGGAGUUACUUCUCUUCUUUUUAAAUAUGUUCAAUAACUACAUUAGUAAGUAAAGUA